AUGCUGCGACGGGCUGUUGCUCGGCAUAGCAGUGCGCUACCCUCAGCAUCUCUUCUGCAGCCAGUGCGGGGCAUCACGGUACCACAAUUGAACAGACUCGCCCUCGCAGCACAGCUUUCAGAUCCACACUCGCCGCCUCAUGCCUAUCGCCUUCACACUUCUGCGCGGCGCAAUGCUCAAGGACCUGGCGGGCCUGGCGGUGGCGGAGGCGGAGGCUUUCCCGGCAUGCGAAUGCAAGGUCAGCAAGCGCCUCAACCUGGCGAAACGCUAAAGCAGUACAGUCAAGACCUUACCGAGCUGGCACGUCAAGGCAGUCUGGACCCCGUCAUUGGUAGAGAUGCCGAGAUCAGACGCACCAUUGAGAUCCUGAGUCGAAGGACAAAGAGCAAUCCUGUACUGCUAGGGCCGGCCGGUGUUGGAAAAACGGCCGUAGCAGAAGGAUUGGCUCAGAGGUUGGUGAACAAGGAUGUUCCCGAAUCUUUGCAGGGCAAAAGAGUGCUCGCUUUGGAUCUAGCUGCGCUCCUUGCAGGCGCAAGCUAUCGCGGCGCAUUUGAAGAGAGGCUCAAAGGCGUUCUUGCAGAUGUGGAGCACGAGCAAGGAAAGAUCAUCCUCUUUGUCGAUGAGCUUCACAUGCUCCUCGGUCUAGGCAAAGCAGAAGGUGCUUUGGACGCGGCCAACAUCCUCAAGCCUGCUCUUGCCCGCGGAUCGGUGCAGCUUGCUGGUGCGACUACUUUCAACGAGUACAGACAAUCCAUCGAGAAAGAUGCGGCACUGGCUCGUCGAUUUCAACCGGUGCACGUCAACGAGCCGUCAGUGCCAGAGGCCAUCUCUAUCCUUCGAGGUCUGCGUAGCCGGUACGAGGCACACCACGGCGUCAGCUUGUCUGAUGCUGCUCUGGUAAGCGCAGCCCAACUGGCCCAUCGAUACUUGGGAGAGCGCAAACUACCAGACUCGGCCAUCGACCUUAUAGACGAGGCUAGCUCUGCAUUGCGCUUGAUGCAGGAAAGCAAACCAGAGGCGAUAGAGAAGCUCGAUCGUCAAGUGCUCAGUUUGGAAAUCGAGCUCGAGUCUUUGAAAAGAGAGACGGACGCGUUCAGUCGAGAGAGGAGGGAGAAGUUGACGAGGGAGCUGGAAGAAGUGAGGGCCGAGGCGGAACGUUUGACAAACAAGUGGAAAGUAGCAAGGGAGAGGCUGGACGCGAUAAAGCGGACAAAGGCGGACAUCGAAGAGGCCAAGAUCGAGCUCGAGCAAGCUAUGCGGGCCGGGGACUACGAGCGCAGCGCCAAGUUGCGCUUCGCUAGACUUCCGGACCUGCAAAGACAAUUGGCCGAAUUUGAGGCGGCAGAGGAGGAACCUGACUUGGCUGUUCACGAGCGCGUAGAAGCGGACGACAUCGCAAAUGUAGUUGCCAGGAUGACGGGCGUGCCUCUGAGAAGCCUGCUCAAGGGCGAACGAGAAAGACUGCUGCGACUCGAAGAUGAAUUGAGAAAGCGCAUCUUGGGUCAAGACGAGGCGCUCAAUGCCAUUGGAGAAGCGGUCAGAUUAUCAAGAGCGGGCUUGCAAAACGAAAGGAGACCGCUUGCCAGCUUCCUUUUUGCUGGUUCGACGGGUACAGGAAAGACCGAGACAUGUCGCGCGCUCGCCUCGUACCUCUUCGACGAUGCUGAUCGGGUCAUCCAAAUCAAUUGCUCGGAGCUAGGAGAACAACACAGCGGUGCCCGAUUGAUCGGCGCACCUCCUGGCUACGUCGGCCACGAGGAAGCUGGCCAAUUGACUGAGGCGGUCCGUCGUCACCCCUACUCGCUUGUCCUCUUCGACGAGAUCGAAAAGGCUUCGCGACCCGUGCAAAUGCUGCUGCUUCAAGCGCUCGAGGAAGGAAGUCUGACCGACUCUCAAGGACGAAAAGUGGAUUUCAGAAACACCAUCAUUGUGCUCACUUCCAAUCUUGGUGCAGAAGUGCUGUACGAACCCAAUUCUGUCGAUGCCGCGACUGGACAAAUCACUGAAACUGCUCGUUCUGGAGUGUUGAGGGCCAUCGCCAAUGCGCUACCUCCAGAGCUAAUCAAUAGGCUUGAUGAUCAGCUCAUCUUCAAUCGACUCUCACGCAGUAGUCUACGUGGCAUCGUAGAUGUUCGACUGGAAGAGAUUCAAAAGAGGCUUUCUCCCAAGCGCAUCACUCUCGAGGUGGACGAGGCGGCCAAGGAAUGGUUAGCGCAAAAAGGCUACGAUCCAGCUUAUGGUGCACGACCGCUCAACAGGACGAUUCAGAGAUACCUGUUGAGCCCGCUCUCCAAAACGCUCAUCAAGGGCGAUAUCCCACCUGGUUGCAUCGUGCCUAUUGGAGUUUCAGGGUCGGAGCUCUUCAUUGGAGCUGCGAUACUUGCGAGUGGACCCGAAGCUGCGUCAGCUCAGUCGCCCAUCGAUUUGCAAGAGGGUCAAACGGCAACGGAUGACAAAUCUUCGCGCACAUCGCCGGAAAUCGUUGAUGGCGAACCGGUCGCACCCAGACGCAGGCCGUCGAACUGA